CUCUUAUAAAAUAUCUUUGACUCUCUCCCUUUCCCCCUCACUCUCCGUCAAAAUGGUAAAUCGCUGUGAAAUCUUCUGCGAGAUCUUGAUCGCCAUCUUGCUCCCUCCUCUGGGCGUUUGUUUACGCCACGGUUGCUGCACCGUUGAGUUCUGGCUCUGUGUGUUGCUGACUAUUCUGGGUUACGUCCCUGGAAUAAUCUACGCUCUCUAUGCCAUUGUGUUUGUGGAUCGUGAUCAGUACUUUGACGAAUACAGGCGUCCACUCUACUAUUCCGCAUAGCCUUGAUAGAGCUCUGCAGCAGCUUGCUCCUGUGCUGGCAAUGUUGUAUUCAUGUACCAAUUUACCCGUGAAAUGCCAUUGAGUUUAAAAUUAUAAUCUGAACUUUCAAUGCAUUCUACUCUUGAUUUUUGACUGUUUAUCUUGUGUGCACUUUAAGUUGAUGAUAUUUUACUCUUUCAGCAUGCAAUGAAUCCAUUAUGGUAAUUGAAUUUGGUUUCGUGGUUUGUCAAUAUAAGCUUCUGCCUUUGGUUGAGUAA